AUGGAUGCAGGCGACGAAACUUUUUCUUGUGGGCUUUGCAAAACGAGAUUAGGGACAGCGGAUCUUAUUGUAGAAGAACAGCUAUUGAUGUCCCAUUCUUGUUUUGCAGAUGUCGAGAAUGUGUACUUUGAUUAUAGUACCAAAUUAAUAAUCAAGGAAUCUUCAGUUAAUAGGGAAACAGAGGAAAAUUCACCCAUUCUACAGGGUACACUAAAUACUCCUGCAGCAUUUUCAGAGACCAAAGAAAAAUGGACCGAUAAUAUGGUGAAAUUAUUAAUUAGUGCCUACAAAGAAAAAUUCAGUUCAUCUGCUUACACAAAAAAGAAAGUUUGGGAGCUAAUUAGUGCAAAAAUGGGAGAGUUUGGGUAUAAAAAAGACGGUUUAAAAUGUGACGAGAAGUGGAGAAACCUGAAAAAAUCAUAUGAUAAAGUGAAGCAGGAACUUAAUAAAAGUGGAAACAAGAAUAUUUCAUGGGCAUUUUAUAAAGACAUGGAAGAAAUUUUUUGUAGAGAUCCUCAUUUUGAACCUGUUAGUACAUGUUCAAGUUCAGGUGUUACUACCAUACGCUGUAUUUCCAAUGAAAUGGAAAAGAAUUUGUCCCCUGGGUGUAGCCAGAAUUCAUUUUCAAGUGAAGCAGUUACUCCCAAAAAAAAACAAAGAAAGUACUCUCCAUAUCAAACCGAACAAGGUAGGGAGAGACGUCAUAAAGAAAAAAUGGAUUUAAAAAAGGAAAUGUUCACUUGGUUCAAAGAAAACUACAAAAAAAAAAGAAUAGACAAAUUACAGUGAGGAUUCUCCAAUGGUAG